GUGAUGAAGUGUCCAACGCGCAAGUUCUGUCUUUGAAAUGCACAGUCAUAGACAUUUCUAUAAUUAAUGAAGAGGAAUGUAGAGUCUCUGCAACCAUUUUGGCACGAGCGGCUUGUUGAGUUCUCCGUAGACGUCCAGCCCUCGGCCUCCCCAUGCCUCCAUCUCCUCUUGACGACAGAAUUGUGGUGGCGCUGCCAAGGCCGAUCCGACCUCAGGAACUCCAACUGCGCCUGGACACCAGAUACCUGGACUCCAUCGCCCACAGCAGCAGCAGCAGCAGCAGCAGUAGAAGCAGCAGCAUCAGUAGUAGUACUAGAAGCAGCAGCAUCAGCAGUAGCAGCAGCAGGAGCAGCAGCAGCAGCAGGAGCACCAGCAGCAGCAGCAGCAGGAGCAUCACCAGCAGCAGCAGCACCACCGUGGUGAAGAUCCGGGCGACGGCCAAUCUUGUACCGUAUAUGCCCUCAUCCAAGGGCUCCACGCGCUCGUUGUCGUGUGGAUGCAGCAGUGCCAGCUGUUGCUCUGUGACGACCUAUGAGAAGGACAGCCAGAGCCUCAGCCACAGCCAGGUGAGCGCCAGCAGCCCCAACCUCAGCUAUGCCGGGCCCCCCGCCUCAAUGCUCAGCAACCAUGAAGCACUAAGCACCCCCAGCCUCACCUCGGGGGGCACCCUGAAGGCCGUGUCCACCGUGAGGGUCAUCCAUCCCAAUGAGCUGGCCAAGCGGAUGACCUGCUGCCCCAUGGGCCACCCCAUCGGGCCCACGCCGGUCAUCAUCGACUGCCGGCCCUUCAUGGAGUACAACAAGAGCCACGUGCGGGGGGCCGUGCACAUCAACUGCUCCGACAAGAUCAGCCGGCGGCGGCUGCAGCAGGGCAAGAUCACCGUGCUGGACCUCAUCUCCUGCCGCCAGGGCAAGGACUCCUUUAAGGGCAUCUUCUCCAAAGAGAUUGUGGUUUACGACGAGAGCACCAUGGACCCCCACCGGCUGACGUCCUCCCAGCCCCUGCACGUGGUCCUGGAUUCUCUCAGGAGGGAGGGCAAGGACCCCAUCAUCCUCAAAGGAGGCCUCAGCUGCUUCAGGCACAGCCACGAGAACCUGUGCGAGCAUUCGCUGCACCUCCGCGAGGGCAUGGACCCGGGCGCCGCCGCUGGCCUGACGCUACCUCACUCCCUGCCCUGCACCCCCGACAUAGAGAACGCAGAGCUGACCCCAAUCCUGCCCUUCGUCUACCUGGGGAACGAGCACGACGCUCACAACGCCAACCUGCUGCAGCGCUUGAACAUCGGCUACAUCCUGAACGUGACCACCCACCUGCCGCUCUACCACUACGACACGGGCCUCUUCGUCUACAAGCGCCUUCCCGCCACCGACAGCAACAAGCAGAACCUGCGGCAGUACUUCGAGGAGGCGUUUGAAUUCAUCGAGGAAGCACAUCAAGCAGGAAUGGGCCUUCUGAUCCACUGCCAGGCCGGCGUGUCUCGUUCAGCCACCAUCGUGAUCGCCUACCUGAUGAAGCACACCUGGAUGACCAUGACAGACGCCUACAAGUUUGUCAAGACCAGGAGGCCCAUCAUCUCCCCCAACCUCAACUUCAUGGGCCAGCUGCUGGAGUUCGAGGAGGACCUGAACAACGGGAUAACGCCGCGGAUCCUCACGCCAAAGCUGAUCGGUGUGGAGACGGUCGUCUAA